AGUUAUCGAAGGUUGCUAAAACCAUUUUUAUACCAGGUGCAUUUGUAGGAUUUUACCCGUUUCUCUCUUUUAAUUCCCUCAAAGGCAAGCUCUUUCGUCAUUUUUGACACUAUUUCCUCUUAUUGUAAUCUGUUUUCUUAUUAUUUUAAUUUACUUUAUGUAUUGCGAGUGCAGAAAUAAUAUAUUUCAACGAACACGGAGAAGAACACAGGAAAUGUACAUUGAUGAUGGAAGACCAGAAUGUAAAAUCUGUUAUAAAAACUACGAGACCUCUGGGGAUCACUGUCCGAGGGUCCUUAGUUGCGGUCAUACCUACUGUGAAAUCUGUAUUCAAGAACUUGCAAGUCUCCGGAACAAUGUGGUAAUAGCUUGUCCGUAUUGUACAAAAUUGUCAAUUAUUAGCUUCAAGCACUGGAUUUUGACGUCUUUUCGAGUUUCGAGUGCCUUCCCGACAAACUUCUUAGUCUUGGAGAUACUUAACGGAAAAGCUAAGGACAUGCUGCAAUGUGGGGUCUGCCAGCUGACCUAUUCUUCGCAAAGGAUCCCUAGAAUCCAUCCAUCCUGUGGUAAAAGUGUCUGUGAGGAUUGUAAGGAGCACGAGUGUAAAGCUUGUGAACCUCCCAAUGAGCAGUCUCUAUACAGACUAGUAAUGGCUAGAUUGGCAGGAAAUGUAAAUUGGAAGUCAGAUGUGCCCAUCAACUACACAAUCAGAGAUUUUUUGGAGGAGUAAUUGGAUUCUAGUUUCUAAUUUUGUACAUUUUCAUCAAUAAAAAUUGUGUUU